AAUCAUAGUUCGAACCAGGCCGGUUCGAACUAUGUGUGAGACUGACUGUAUAUAUAUGGUUCCAAACGUGAGUUACUCUCAUUAGAGGGAGUAGGAUGGCUAGUGAGGAGAGUUUUGUUGUUUUGGUGCACCACAGAGGAUCUGUUAAUAGAAAAACUCGUUCCGGAGUAAAGUUCACGGAUAAGAAUCCUUUAUGUAUUGUCAUAACAUCUACGACGAGUUACGAUGACCUUGUUAGCGCUGUACUAAUGAAGCUUGGUCUGGAGGGUGCGAAGCGGAUAAAGAAGUUUUUCUAUCGCAUUCCAGUCACGGUGCUACAGAAUACGGUGAAGUAUGAUUGCUUCACGAUUAAUAAUGAUGCGGACUUGCAAGUAAUGUUUCUCUGUCGGCGGCAGUUUCCGGAGGUGAGGACACCAGAGUUGUUGGCCCGGCUGGUUGAUGUUGUAUCCAGCUCCGGCGGUUCGAACAGGAAUACGAACACUAUAGCGAAUGCAGCAGGUUCUAGUUCCCGGCCUGCCGUUGCUUCCUCGUCCGUCCCUGUGUACGAACCAGUGGUCCAACAUGUCGCCUCCCCAUCUUUCGCUGUUGACCUCAAUGCCACCGAAGGCGACGAGGUAGUGGAAAGGGAAAAUUUGCCGAACGCUUUAGUGGGAGUUGCACCUGUUGGCGUAGGAGACGGUUUUUUGGACGAUGAAGACGAGGAUGACGUCGAGCCGGAUAUGAUUGACGAUGAUAGCGCUGAUGAUGAGGGGGUUUUAGGGCACGCUGUUGGAUUCGGAGCUAGAGAUGCGGAAGGGAGUACUGGUCUGACAGAGUUCCAGGUUGGUCAGCAAUUCCAGGAUAAAGAUGAGGCCCUUUUAAGUGUGAAGACUUACAGCAUCCGGCGAGGGGUACAGUACAAGGUGGUGGAGUCCGAUCACCGCCGGUAUGUGGGCAAGUGUUCCGAGUUUGGGAAUGGGUGCACAUGGUUGAUUCGACUGAGUCUCCGGAAGCGCAAGGACAUCUGGGAGGUCAAACGGUACAAUGGACCUCACACUUGCCUGGCCACAUCCAUCUCUAGUGACCACAGGAGUUUGGAUUAUCAUGUGAUUUCGGCUUUCAUUAUGCCAAUGGUUAGGGCCGAUGCAUCCGUGAGCAUCAAGGUGCUCCUGAACGCCACGGCAGCGCACUUUGGUUUUAGGCCGACUUACCGGAGGGUUUGGAUGGCGAAGCAGAAAUCUAUUGCCCUCAUAUACGGUGACUGGGAUGAGUCCUACAACGACCUGCCUAGGUGGGUCUUGGGUGUCCAGCUGACGAUGCCUGGGAGUGUUGUGGUCCUGAAGACGAGCCCGGUUCGAGUUGGAGGACAGGUGGACGAAUCUCAAGCGUACUUCCACAGACUUUUCUGGACUUUCCCGCCCUGCAUCGAGGCUUUCCGUCAUUGCAAGCCGCUAAUCAGCAUUGACGGCACACAUUUGUAUGGGAAGUAUGGGGGAACGUUGCUCAUCGCGAUUGCACAGGAUGGGAACUCCAACAUUCUACCUGUGGCAUUCGCACUAGUAGAGGGUGAGAAUGCGGAAUCCUGGACAUUCUUUCUCUCACACCUUCGACAGCACGUGACCCCGCAGCCCGGUCUGCUGGUUAUAUCGGACAGGCACAACGGCAUCAAGGCUGCGCUUGAGGCCCCUGACGGCGGUUGGCUACCGCCAUCUGCGUACCGUGCAUUCUGCAUACAACACGUAGCGGCUAAUUUUGCCCUAACCUUCAAGGGCAAAGACGCUAGGAGUCAGCAUUUGGUGAAUUCGAACCGGCCUGGUUCGAACUAUUAUUGGUGUAAUUCGAACCAGCCUGGUUCGAAUUACAUGCAGACAGUCUCUCUCUAUAAUUCGAACCACCUUGGUUCGAAUUACCUUCAAAUAGAGUUCGAACCAACCUGGUUC